GAAGUGGUGGGCAUGGAAGAGUAAAGUGAACUGUCUGUCUCCGCCUUCUGGAGUCUAGACUUCAGACCUACGAUUCCUUGAAACUUUACCCUCAGACUACCAGAGACUAAUUAUCACGCCAGAUAGAGUAAUGAUGCGGGUGUGUUGGUUGGUGAGACAGGACAACCGGCACCUGCGAAUCAAACUGCCACAUCUGGAAGUAGUUGUGGUUGGGCGUGGUCCAGAGACCAAGAUCACAGAUAAGAAAUGUUCCCGCCAGCAAGUACAUUUGAAAGCAGAGUGUAACAAGGGAUAUGUCAAGGUAAAACAGGUAGGGGUCAAUCCCACCAGCAUUGACUCAGUCAUAAUUGGGAAAGACCAAGAGGUGACGCUGCAGCCUGGCCAGGUUCUCCACAUGGUGAAUGAACUUUAUCCACAUAUUGUAGAGUUUGAGGAAGAGGCUAAGAGCCCUGACCUGGGAACACACAUGAAGAGAAAGAGGUCAAGCAGUAGUGAUUCUGUAGAAAAUGAUGCUGCUCCGGAAGCCAAACCCAGGAAAGAACUGGAACCUGGGAGCAACCCUAGCCCAUGCUCUGUGCCCCCAAAGAAAGGCAGAGAUGAUACAUCUACCAAAAAGGAAUCAUUGGGCCACUGGAGUCAAGGCUUGAAGAUUUCUAUGCAGGACCCCAAAAUGCAGGUUUACAAAGAUGAGCAGGUGGUAGUGAUCAAGGAUAAGUAUCCCAAGGCUCGUCACCACUGGCUGGUCUUACCAUGGGCCUCCAUUUCUAGUUUGAAGGCCGUGACCAAGGAACACCUUGAACUGCUCAGACAUAUGCACAGUGUGGGGGAAAAGGUGAUUGCAGAUUCUGCUGUGUCUAGCAAACUCCGCUUCCGACUGGGCUACCAUGCCAUUCCCAGCAUGAGCCAUGUACACCUUCAUGUAAUCAGCCAAGAUUUUGAUUCUCCUUGCCUUAAAAACAAAAAACAUUGGAAUUCUUUCAAUACAGAAUACUUCCUAGAAUCACAAGCUGUGAUCAAGAUGGUACAAGAGACUGGCAGAGUGACUGUCCGAGAUGGAAUCCCUGAGCUCUUGAAGUUGCCCCUCCGCUGUCAUGAGUGCCAGCAGCUGCUCCCUUCCAUUCCUCAGCUGAAAGAGCAUCUAAGGAAGCAUUGGCCAAAGUGAUUGUGUAGCACGUGAACUUCUGCAGCGAGUUGUGUAGCACGUGAACUUCUGCAGGCUGGUUGUUUUGAGUGAACUCCUGGCAUCUGUUCUGGAUUGCUUGUGAACUUUCAUUUCUUGAAUUAAAAUAUUCACAUUCUACCUUUUAAAAAAAAAAUUUAUUGUUUAAGCAAACCUUGUUCUAUUUCUGAGUAUUCACAUGUUGGGUGACUCUAAAUAGUUCAGAAAUUAGGAAUUUGGAUUUGUUAUGGAUGCGUUCUAUGGGAAGGUGGCCGGGACAUGCCCUAUGAACCUUGUCCAGGACCCAUAGCAGGUUUGCCUAAUUGGAGCAAAGUGGUGUCCAGACUUACCAAACACAGGAUCUGGCUAGUUAAUGUAUUUCUGUUCCUUGCAUUUAACCUUUCUCCCUGGAGGCAUGUGAUAUCCUUUCAUUAGAGCAUCUGGAGUGGGCUCUAUAAAUAAUCACAUUUAUUAAUACUGUUGUUUAUCCUGAAGGCACUGAUUGCUUUCUGAUUUUAAUCUGUUCUGUAAUAUUUUUUUUCUUUCCCUCCUUCAUGGGGAGAGUUAGCUGCUUCUGUCUCAUUUUUUCUAUUCCAAAGCACUCAAGUAUUCUCUUCUCAGGAAUUCUGUCUCAUUAGUUCUCUCUGAGCAAACAGGUAGAUGAGGGAAUAGAGGGGAAAGUUUUCUUCCUGUAUCAGGGGUUCCUGGCUGGGGAGGAAAAUGCUCAGCCAUAUGUUCAUCAUGUUUCAGCUGUCAGAACUUGUUGGACUGCUUGGCUUGUCUGAAAAUAAAGUUCAUUUGUUUGGGAUGGCUCUCUCAUGUAGGUGAAAACUAUCAGGAUCCCUGUUUGACUAACAGACACAAAGUCAGUUCUGAUGCACAAAGAGGUAGUUGUUUAAUGGAAAAGUUACACAGAACUCAGUAGCUCCAUUUCCUCCUCAGAAAUAAAUCAUAUUUAUAGAUAAAUAAAAAUAUUUUAUUUGGAUUGAAUAGUUGGGUCAAGUUAGA